UGAUUACCAAUUAUUUUGUUGCACCUAUAAUCAUCCAUAAUAAAAUAAAUACAAAAAAGUCACAACUUGCUGUUCAAUUCCAUUUCCAUAUGACAGUCUGACCAGUAAACACCACCCAGAUUCCUUUCAUAACCAAUUUUAAUCCUUAUUUUAGGUUUUUAUUUUUAUUUUUAUUCACAAGACACAUUCAACAGUAAUGUCAGAUUAGGGUUCUUGGAGACAUGCUGCUCAGAAUCCCCUGCUGUGAUUCAGAUCAAAAGAUAAUUCAUUUACUGAAAUUUGACCAAACCCAGUUGAAUCGGUUCUAGCGUUAAAUUGAUACACAAGCUCUCAUAAUUUGAAAUUGGGGGUAGAUUGAAAAAACUGUUGUAAUGGAAUUGAAGUUUGAAGAAGAUGAAGACGAGUUUCGAAGUUGUUGUGCGGAUGAGGAGGAGCUCGAUAGGGAAGGAAUAAUCAAACAAGGUGUGAAGAAUGACGGUGACGAUGAUGAUGUUCUUGAUGAACAUUCGGUGCGAAUGUUCUUCAAGGGUGUAUCGAUUGAAGAUCCUCGAGAUACUGGUUUCAACGUUUCGGGUAUUGGGGUGGUAAUGGAAAGAACUAACAAGAUUCCCAUGAUUCAAGUGCAAAAAAAGCUCGACUUUUUUGUAGAUGAAUCGGUUGCUGAAUAUUUGGCGUUGAUGGAUGGUAUUACCGAAGCUGCACGAAAUGACAUCAAAAGGGUAUUUGCAUUCACCGACUCCACGACCUUAUUUGAUCAGAUUACAACCAAGGAAACACUCCAGAAUCCACUUCUCAUGGCAUUGAAGCAAAGAAUAUUAGAACACGUCGAAAAUUUCGAACAUUUCGUUCUAAAAUGUGUUCCAAACAUCGAUCUUGACGAGCCAUUGCGGUUAGCUCAAGUGGCAAUUGGAGUCGUUAAUCCUCCUAUUAAAGGCGACUCAUCGGUCCAAAAAUGCUUAAUAUGUUGUGAAGACAAACCGACACCCAUGACCAUUAACAUGAAAUGCUCACACAAAUUCUGUUCAUGUUGCAUCAAAGAUUACGUUGAUGAACAAGUUCAGUCCUCUCAAGUCCCCAUCAAAUGCCCUCAUUCAAAUUGCAGAUAUUACAUUUCUACCCCUGAGUGCAAAUCAUUUCUUCCGGUUGCGUCUUACGUAUUAUUACAGGAUGCCCUUUUAGAACCGAAAUUGCUAGCCACAGAUAAAUUCUACUGCCCGUUUGCCGAUUGCUCGGUUUUGCUUGAUCCUUGUUGCGAUUCAAACCAAUCAGAUAAUAAUUGUGUGGAGUGCCCUGUGUGUCGACGAUUUAUAUGCGUGAAAUGCGGGGUCCGUUGGCAUUCGUCUAUGAGUUGUGACCAGUUUCAGGACUGCCCGCCACAGAGUCGGGCCCAUGAUGACCCUGUGGAAAACCGAAAAUGGAGGCGUUGCCAGAUGUGCGAACGGAUGAUCGAAUCAACGCGUGGUUGCUAUCACAUGACAUGCUGGUGUGGGCAUGAGUUCUGUUACUCUUGUGGUGCUGAAUACGUUAAUAGUGAACAGGCAUGUAGAUGUGUGUUAUCGGAUACUGAUGCAAGAGGAGAAAAUGACGAUUUUACCCUGACCCAGAACUUUGGUUCGAGCCCUGCGUUAGAGGAAUGGGCGUGGGACUCAUGUGGGUCGCUUUCAAACUUGAUGGAUGCUUACUCGGAUCAAGAAAGAUCUCAACUUGCACUAAUACAACGGUUUCUUGCAGGUGGGUUUAGCCUCGGUGACCACCAUACGUACCCGUAUCAACCGCAGUCCCCCCCACCCCCAUGUGCAGACUCGGGAUCGUCGUAUCUUGAAAACACCAUGAAAGACCUUCAUCAGCUUCCAUGGCUUGAGAGGUUUGUUUCUGUCAUUAGUGACAAUUACUACGAGCAGUAUACAGAGUGAAAGCAUAUCAGCAUUCUGUUUCUUUGUCGUCGGUAUUCUAUUGUGGCCAGUCGAGCUUAGUUAAUUUCGUGAUUCUGAUCUUCGUCUUGAAGAUUAUAUCGACUUAAUGUAUACAACAUUGUUAAGUAUGAUCUCUUUUAUUUCUAUAAAAAAAGAUCAGAUUAUUACCAAGGAA